GAGUUCUAACUGACACGCCGAUAUAAUUUUCCAAGGGUUAUUUAUUAAUAACAAGUUAGAAGAAUCUCUCCUUGAAGUUGGCUAUUUUUUGUUAAAUAAAGUUAAACUUACAAACUCUAAUGGAGAACUUUGCAAGUAACAUAAACAAACCUGACUUUCAUAAUUAUGACGACGUUAGUUUUAUGGAAGAAGAAUACGAUUUUGACUUUAAAAGUAUGGACCAAACUGAGGAGGAUACAUUUGAAGAUAGUAAUAUUUAUUUAAAUAGCGAAGAAUAUACAAAUAAUUCUAAUUUUUUUCAAUUAGAUAUUAAUGCUUUUCAAUCAGCCCGUUAUUUUUCAACUAUUACUGAUAAUAUAGAUGAUUAUAUAUUAGAAUUAGAUAGUAAUUUUGAUGAUGAAUCUGUAAUUUCUAUGGCAACUGAUAUUACUAAUGAAAUACAAUUAAUUGAAAUUUCUGAGCCAACAAAGUCAACUAAAUUUACUAACUGUGUUUUAAUAGACAAUUUUAAUGGUGAAAUUCGUUCCUGUGGAAGUUCACAAAAUUUACGUUGUAUACAAAAAUAUUUUUGGAACUUGGGAAAUUGAUAGUGAAGUAGUUCGUAAGGUAAAUGAUUUUGCUUCAUUAGGAGUUUGUUAUUCACAUCAAAUGUAUGAUCAAACUAAAUUACAUGCGAAAAAUGCAAAAGGAACUAAGAAUUCUUCUUUGGGUUUUAUUAGCAAUAGGAAAUGUCUUUUUUGUAAUAUUAAUAAGACUUUUUAUACCCGUGGUAAGCAAUGUGAUCAACAUUCUUGGACAUUAGUUGGUCGUGACUUACAAGUCCCUUGUGAACCACCCUAGCGUCGCCUAGAAAAAAUGGUAGCCGGAUAGGUUUUCCGGGUUACACGUGAUUCGGAAACUGAUUUCUGGGUUAGCUUGUUAAUUUUUAUUAUAAUGUAGUAAAAAAAACUUCGAUAAAUAACUGAAUAAAUUAAUAUAGUAAAUAUUUAUUUUAUUUAUUGCUAU